UCCUCCUCCUACGGGCAAUGGGAAGGAGAAUAAUAGCACUGCCGGGUUGGGCUUCUCCGGCGUCUAAUAAGGGAGGGGAGAGGAGGCUUGGCUGAAACUGGCAGACACGCGUGUGAAAUUCACAAGCCUGCAGAAGAGCAGGGGGCGCGGCUGCUCCAGUGAAAUUGACAGGGAGACGCAGCACCCUGUCGAGGCGCCCCGCUUCGGCAGGAUUCUCCGCUCCGCUGCGAGGGGGGCAGUUCGAGCAAGGAGGGGAGCCGUUGCACCCGGCAAGACAGACGCGGCCCUCUUCCCCUCCCUUUCGCGCCCGGUGUCUCUUUUGCACAACUGGCCCAGAUGCCCAGGCCUCGGCAAGCGGCGGCUGCCCGCUCCAUCCUCUCUCCUUACCCUCUUGUUUCGCUGCAGAGAGGCGCGAGGAGGUGGACUUAAUGCUGCAGGAGGAGAGCGAGAACCCGCCUUAGCAGCAGCGGCAGCAGCAAUAAUAACAGUUAAUAAUAAUAAUAAUAUCAUCUGUGGGACCGGUUGACCUCAUCGUGUCCCCAAGUGCGUGCAUUGCAGCGUGAGAGGGAGAGAGGUGUGGCCAGAGGGACGCAGCUGGGGUUUUUCUCGUGUUGUUUGUAACACCGUGAUGGGGGACUCCUGAUCGCGCCCUCCGUUCCCCCUGCCCCGCCCUCGCAUGCCAUGAGGAGCUUCUUCUUGCACCCUCAGCCAGCCAUGCGGAGCUGUGCCCCUUUCCUGGCCUUGGGCGCCGGCUGCUUUUCGCACUGCAGCAGACCCAGCUCCUCAGGGUGCCCCUCCGGCCGCCACAAGCGCCUGCGGGUCUUGGUGGACAUGGACGGGGUGCUGGCGGAUUUCGAAGGGGGCUUCCUGAAGAAGUUCCAAGCCAAAUACCCGGACAAGCCCUACAUCUCCCUGGAGGACCGUAGAGGCUUCUGGGUCUCUGAACAGUAUGGGCAGCUGGAUUCAGAACUGAGUGAAAAGGCAAUCAGCAUUUGGGAGUCAAAGAACUUCUUCACAGAGUUGGAUCCGCUCCCGGGGGCAGUGGAAGCCCUGAAGCAGAUGGCUAAGUUAAAAGAGACUGAUGUAUUCAUAUGCACGAGCCCCAUCAAGAAGUACAGAUAUUGUCCAUAUGAAAAGUAUGCCUGGGUGGAGAAGCAUUUGGGCCAAGAGUUUCUGGAGCAGAUCGUCCUCACCCGGGAUAAGACGGUGGUCUCUGGUGACUUGCUGAUCGACGACAGGCCUGAUAUAAUAGGAGCUGAGAAGAGCCCAAGCUGGGAGCAUGUCCUCUUCACGGCCUGCCACAACAAACACUUGGAGCUUCUCCCUCCUCGUCGGAGGCUGCACUCGUGGACUGACGACUGGAAGGCCAUCUUAGAUAGCAAGCGGGCAUCGGAGAGCUAGGCGAGGGGUAGGAUCCAGUUGUGCAGGCCCGAAAACCACAUCUUGACCUCCCAGGCAGAAACAAGAAAAGGCACGUCUCCGGUUUUGUCUACGGAGCCAGAAACAAGAGCAGGAGCCUAAGGAAUGGUGGCCUUGCCUGGCCUGCUAACAUGGUCACAAAGCUGCACGUUGACGGGAAUGGAUGUUAACAGACAUUCUGGGCAACCAAAGGACAGGAUGCAUUUGCCAAACACUCUUCCUGUGCCUGGCUCUGUCUAGUCCAAGGACAUCUUGCCCUACUGGAAGGCCCAGUCAGGGUUCCCUCCCCUCCCCCAUUUAGCUGUAUCUCUGGCUUCCAUAAAGAUGGCCACCUUCUUUCAUCUCCACUCCCAAUUACAGACGUGUCUCCAUUUCCAGGACUGAAAUCAGUUUGCCUUGAAAGGACACUGGAGUGAACUGUGGCACAAGCCUGUCUGGACACCUCUUCAGAGUGUGUGUGAACUGCGAUUGCUCGCUUGUAAGGGAAAAGCCCUCUCUAUGCCACGUGUGGAGAACCUGUGGCCCUCUAGAUAUUGUUGGACUUCAACUUCCAUCACCUCUGGCCAUUGGCCAUGCUGACUGGGGCUGAUGAGAGCUGGAGUCCAUUGAUGUCUAGAGAAUGGACAUUCUCAUGCUCAGAAACGUCUUCUGUGUUACUCAGAUUGUUCAAGAGGGGGGGGAAACAGGUCUUCAAGCUGAGGCCUAGUUCCAGUUAAAUUCUCCUUUGGGCUCUGAACUGGACCUUCUCUCAGCAUAAGCCAAAGCAACUGCCCUUCUGAGGAGUUUUUGGUUGGGCUAGGCCUCAGUUCUCACAAACAGCAAGUGAGUAAGGCCAUAUCCACACAUAUAUUGAAAACAAUAAGAUACCACUUGGCUUCCCUGAACGAAUCCUGGGAAGUGUAGUUUGUGAAGCAUGGUAAAAGUUGUUAGGAGACCCCGAUUCCCCUCAAACAGCUACAAUUUCCAGAGUGGUUUAGCAACCAAUUUUUCUUCCCAGGGAACUCUGGGAAUUGGAUGUCUCUGAGGGGAAUCGGGGUCUCUUAACAUCUCUUGGCACCCUUAAACGAUAGUUCCCAAGAUUGUUUGGGGAAAGUCAUGACACAUAAGAGUGCUUUACAUGUAAGGUGCAGAGGUAACCCAUGUCAGCCUGUGUCUGGGCUGUAUAGUACCACUUCAUUUUUCCAAGGAGCAACUCACAUGAUUGAGUGAACCUCAUACCCCCACCAAAUAUCCCUCUGCAAAGAAAAAUAGUAUGUCGAGAAAGAUUCUAAGCCUAGCCUGCUGGUUUUCUAUGUGGAAAGCAUUUUGGGGGGUGGGGGGGGGAGGCAGAGGAACCCUCCAGAAUGUGAACCUGUAUCCUGAAGCAGUAGAGUCCCUGAACAGACGGAAUACUUCACUUUCUGUAAGAAUUAGUUCUUAGCUUUACUUUGAAAUGGACUUUUGGGAAUGUUUGCUGUACAUGUAGUUCAUUUCAGCCAAGUGACACCAAAUGGAGGUCUUCCAUCUCCAUGAUGAGACGGCCUCAUUCCCUUGCCAGCAGAGCCGGGCAGCUAAAUGACAGCAGUCAAGAAGAAAAGCUUUAUUGUUCCUGAAGGAGGAAAGCCAAAACAAUUCCCCCCACCCUCACCCCACAUUGAAACCUGGCAAACUAUCAGAAUUCAUUUGGAUUUAUGAAUUUACAAUAUUUUCAAGUUCUGCUUCUGAAAGCCGAUAGACCCUUUUUAAGAAAGGAAGACCUUAGCUUGUCAGUGAAUUUUAAAGACAGUCCUGUCAAAGUCUUCAGUUCUGUACUUCAGCACCGUUUUUUGUUUUCAUUCAUUAAAAAUUCCGGAAUUGGUAGUGAUGAAAAAUAAAUCUGAAAGCUGAAAACAGUCACGGAGGCUACAAAGCAGGGCCGGGGAGGGAUGUGGCCUGGGGAGAGGGGUUGUCGCCUGGGAAAAGUCCCAAGGGCCGCGUUUGGCCCCUGGGCUUGAGAUUUCCCCAUCUAGCUCCACGAAGGGGCAGCUUGACAAACAGCUCGCUGCCUAGGACAGCAGAAUCCCAGGGCUUGUGGCCUUUGUGGGGAGGAAGAUGCAAUUCCCGUGUCUCACUGCCCAUCCCUGUUCCUCAAGCAUCAGCAAGGAUACAGUGGAAGUUGGUCCACUUGGGCAAAUGUAGAAUUCAGCGGGGGGGAGGGGGGGCAAAUCUAGAAGGAGCUGGCUCCACCUGUCAUUGAAUGAAUGAAUGAAUGAAUAAUUUAUUACGGUCAUAGACCAAAAGAUUAAAAUCAGUAUAAAAGGCCACAAAAAUUAAAAUACAUAUAAAACACAACUGCUGAAAAUUAGUACAGACCAGAUAAAUACAAAUUAAGUAGUUCCUUUGUCAGAAGACUGGCAGCAUUUUUUCCCUAUUUUGCAUUGUGAUUAAAAAAAACUUUGUGACACUUUUGGUAAGAGAAGAUGACACAUCCCUUAAACAGAUCAAUACCAAAUUUGCCGAAAUACUCCUAGGCAAAGCAGUUAAUAGAGGGGAUAUUAGCUUCUUUCUGCAUUCACUGUACAAAUUACAAGACAGUAGCGCACGUUCAACAGAUUCCGUUACACCAGCUGUACAAAGACAUGUCUGUUCACUGACUUGGAUCUUAUUAAAUCUGCAAACACUGUGUUUUCUAUUCACAUUGAGGGGAAGGAUCAAUCACACAGUUUUUAAUUACUAUGCCCUCUAAUUUAACAUUUCCACUCCGACUGGUUAUUUGGCAACCAAGCAUGCUCAGUUUGUUCUAUCAGUUAGUUUCAUUAAAAAACAACAACCCGGAAGUGUUUUAUUUGUA